AUGGUGCUGGAGAACCUCCCGCGUCCUGCUAAUACCGGAAUCACGCCAGUUACACAAUCCAAGACUCCGCGGCCCACUGUGGUUCGGAAGAAGUUUGCCAAACCGCCAGUCAAAGUAGCUUGCCUGACAUGUCGUGCAUCGAGGACGCGCUGCGAUGGUCAAGAACCAUGCUCCAACUGUCUUAGCAAGAAGAAGAAAUGCUCGUACCUGCCCAGUAGAAGAGGCGGUCCGAGGAAGAAGAAAAAGAGCUCGUCUCCUCCGGAUUCAAGUACCCGGCAGGAUGAUUCCCAAGACUCUACCCUCACACCAGCCUCUGGCUUUAAUGACUCCUCGGCGAUCUUUGGUCAGAUUGAUGUACUCUCCUUGCCAGGAGCUGGGCUGAGAGCGUUGGAUUUCUCAUCGGAUGUGAAUACCAUGUUUGCUGAUCUCUUCACUUCGAACAAUGGCAGCAACACCCAGGCCCAGACGGAGCCAACACCUUCGCCUUCAACCAUACCAUCGCUGUCUUUGGUCAGGACAUAUGGCAGCGAACACGACAUAUUGAAUGCAUACUACGACUUCGUUCACCAUUACUUUCCCAUACUUCCACCACGAGUCGCUCCACGCUGUCCAGAUCGGCCAAUCGAUUCCGCUGGUCACUAUUCGUCGUCUCCUUCUGAAGAGCCUUUACUAGCAUACAGACCACGGUCUCCCCUCAGUCUUGCAAUUUCCGCCAUAUUGGCCCUGGUACCGCAUCCGGACGAUCCUGAGCCCUUGUCUCCAAUUUCUGUGCUACGACGUAGAACUUAUGCUCAUACCUUUGCGCAACUAGCUACUGCGAGUGUUGAGGAUGAUUGCGAAUUACAAGCUUCGUCGACAGAUCCGUCCCAGGCAUUGUCGAACAAUCGACCCAUGAUCGAUCGGGAGCCCUUUCAUCCACGAACACCUGUGGAACUCGAAAGCCUUCUUGCGUUGCUGAUCCUCUGCGUGUAUGAAUAUACACAGCGAGGAAAUCUGCUCAAAAUGAGGUAUCGGGCCGGCCAAGCCUUGGCGAUCGCGCUGGAUAUGUCUCUUCAGUCGCUCGGGGAGGAGCAUGAUGAGUGCGCAGAGGCUCGGCGGAGGGCCUGGUGGAUGACGGUACGGUCAUUGAUUAGGGUUCAAUUGUCAGCACAACGUUCGUUACACCUUAUCCUCGUUUCUCUGCAGAUCCAGAGGCAAGUCUUCCGCUCCGGCUUCAGCGCUUCCAUGAUGAUCUUCAAGCAAAUCACACCACAAGCAAAAAGCACCAUUCUGACCGGUUUCCAGGGAUGGGCUGUUCUGAUGCAAGCCCAGCAAGUGUUGGCCUCCGCAACUCAAUUCGUCAUUGACUUAAACAAAUGCAUGUCGACUGGCGCCAACAUGCCUUACAUACACGAAAGGAUGCAGCAACUCGACGCCUGGGCUAGCUCCGCAAUAGCGCAAUCAAAUCUCCUUCCAAUGGUUCCUCAAUCUAUGGGCUGUGGUGACGAAGUGGAGUAUACAACCGCCCAUAGCAUACGCGCUAUCGCGCGAAUCAAGCUCUUUAGUGCCCAAAUCAAGGUACACCGAUUCAGGGCGUUCUCGGAUAUUCCAAUCUUCAUCAGGAAGCAUUGCGACCUGACCGCAGCCAAUCCCAACAACAUGACAUCGGGUGAUUCGGCGUCCAAGAUGUCCAAAGAACAAGACGGUAUGGCGAACAUCUCGUGUUGCAGCAGCAAUCUGGACUCCUUCCCGCCGCCGCCGUCUACAUCGAGCGAUUGCACAACUUCAGCCUCUUCCGCCGGCUCUGCAACAUCCGACUAUCACUCCGUGGUACAAUUCUCAUUUGCCAGUGGCUUCCCAUACAGCAGCCAGCACUCCGCCAAAGUCUGUCUGAAAGCGGCUCUUACGAUCUCACGCAUGUUCCCGAGCCUGCCCCUGCCACAGCCGCUCUACGUGUCGAGCGGCAGUAACACGCCCAACCAGGGACUGCCCUUAUCGCCACAAAAGCAGCUACCGCGGACAAUGCCAUCGUUCGCAUGCUGCCUGAUGCAAGGAAGCUACGCCUUGUUGAUGAUAUUCUACAAAGCGACAGUGGAGAAACAAAUGUCGCCAGAUUACGGGAAUGAAUCCACAAACAGUGCUUCUGAUCGACUGAUCGAGGAAAUCCGUCAAGGCUUGGAGCGUGUCAUUGAAACCGUUAAGAAUUAUGCGAUUGCUUUUGAGGCGUUGGAUGGCAUGAGAGACGAAAUCGAAGGUGCAUAUCACACGGCGUUCCCUCCGGUAUAA